CAUAAAAAAAAGAGAAAGAUAAGGGUCGCAGAGCCCAACCGCGGUACCGUUUCGACCUGCUGUUGGUAUGCCGGAUGCCCCCCCCCCCCCCNUUCGUCCGUCCAUCGCCACUCCUGCAAGCUUUCCUCCAAUUUCCAUUUACAAUUUCUUUUCCCUGUUUGCUCAGACUUCGACGCCCGCUUCUAAGCCUCUCUCUUUCAUCCGUUCCAUCUCCUUCUUCCUCCCGCAUUCCCCCCCGCACAAAGUUCGAACUCAAGCUCAUCGGCACACAGCUCUCCUCCUGCUUGAAUGUUGCAUUCCGCCGUCGUUAUCAACUCCCAUCCUGGGUUGACCAGCGAAACUGCUAAGAUGCAAGCCUCGGCUUAUGCAUUCAAAGGAGACGUUGGAUUUGGACGUCAGAUUCGGCAUCGAGGCUCAGAAGGAUCUAAAAGCUUGAACUGUGGGAGGAUUUUAGCCCGGAGCAAUCUCCCCAUGACAGAGAGGAGUAGCUGUUUCGGCGUCAAGAUCGAUUCCGCUUCCAUGGGAAUCGAGCUAGGCCGGGCUCGAGCCAGGGUACAGAGCGUCUUUGGAGGAUCGGCCAAGCACAGGACGAUCAAUGUUCACGCUUCUGAAGGGGAUAUUGAGGCAGUAGCACCCCUUAAAGGCAAUGUCAAGCCAUCAGGCUCCGUGUUGCCAUACGUCGGUGUUGCAUGUUUGGGAGCAGUUCUUUUUGGAUAUCAUCUAGGAGUGGUGAAUGGUGCUCUGGAGUAUUUGUCCAAGGAUCUUGGUAUUGCCGAGAAUGCUGUGGCACAAGGAUGGAUUGUUAGUGCAAGUCUUGCUGGUGCUACUUUUGGUUCAUUUACUGGGGGAACAUUGGCUGAUAAGUUUGGCAGAACAAAGUCAUUUAUUUUGGAUGCAAUUCCAUUAGCAAUCGGUGCUUAUUUAUGUGCCACAGCUCAGAGUGUAGAAACAAUGAUCAUUGGCCGCUUACUUGCUGGAAUUGGAAUUGGCAUCUCUUCAGCCAUAGUCCCUCUUUAUAUAUCUGAGAUAUCACCAACUGAAAUUCGUGGUACUCUGGGGUCUGUCAACCAGUUGUUCAUUUGUGUUGGGAUUCUUGCAGCACUUGUUGCAGGAUUGCCUUUAGCUGGAAAUCCAUUGUGGUGGAGGACAAUGUUUGGUAUUGCUGUUAUUCCUUCUGUUUUACUUGCCCUCGGAAUGGCAUUUUCUCCCGAAAGUCCCCGGUGGCUUUAUCAGCAAGGGAAAAUCCCUCAAGCUGAAACAUCCAUAAAAAGACUUUUUGGAAAAGAAAGGGUUGUUGAGGUAAUGAAUGAUUUCAAUACAGCUGCUCAAGGCUCUUCAGAACCAGAAGCUGGGUGGUUUGAUCUUUUCAGUAGCCGUUAUCGCAAAGUUGUCAGUGUUGGGGCGGCAUUGUUUUUAUUCCAACAAUUGGCUGGGAUUAAUGCUGUGGUGUACUAUUCUACAUCUGUGUUUCGAAGUGCUGGAAUUACUUCUGAUGUUGCAGCGAGUGCUUUGGUUGGAGCAUCCAAUGUCUUUGGCACAAUGGUGGCAUCCUCUUUAAUGGAUAAGCAGGGAAGAAAGAGUCUUUUGCUAACCAGCUUUUCCGGAAUGGCGGCAUCAAUGCUAUUGCUUUCCCUGUCCUUUACAUGGAAGGUAUUGGCACCAUAUUCUGGGACACUUGCUGUUGUCGGCACUGUUCUUUAUGUAUUAUCCUUUUCACUUGGUGCUGGUCCCGUGCCUGCUCUUUUGCUUCCCGAAAUAUUUGCUUCCAGAAUCAGAGCAAAAGCAGUAGCCUUAUCCUUGGGAAUGCAUUGGAUAUCAAAUUUUGUGAUUGGUCUGUAUUUCCUGAGCGUUGUAAAUAAAUUUGGGAUCAGCACGGUGUACCUGGGCUUUGCUUCGGUGUGUGCUCUUGCAGUAAUGUACAUAGCUGGGAAUGUUGUUGAGACGAAAGGCCGUUCUCUGGAGGAGAUAGAGCGUGCUCUCAGUACUGCUUGAACGUAGCACCGACUGGCAGAGAGGAAAUACUUCUGAUGUCUACCAUCAUUGGAGCUGUGUGAGAUUCUCUUCGGAUGUAAUUAUUAUCAACAGGCACAGCUGCUCGUUUCUGCAAAUGACAUUUUAAGGUAACUUCUUAUACAGUUACCUCAUUUUGUUUUUUAGUAAGUGUCAUGUUAGAUUUUCAUGAAAUAUUUAUCGAGUUUCUUUUCGUAAUUACUCGUGUACGCGUAAUUAUCAUGACUUUGCGAAUGCGAUUUUGUUUUAGUAGAAGGCAAAAAACGGACUAUCAUAGUUUCAUAGCAAUUGUCUUUAAUUGAGUUAUGAUUACUUAAUUGCUUUGCAGAUUUGG